AUGGCCGACAACGAUUCCAGUGAGUCGCAGAGACCCAAGUCGCUCCAACUCACCAAGACGCCUGAGCCACGAUUAGACCAGCAAAUGGUCACCGGCAACACCCCCAGCAACACCCCCAGCACCCCGGGUGUUUUCCCUUCUUUCGACUGGGAAGAGUUCGAAGCCCGGUAUGAAAAGGCCCUUGCGGAGGCCGAUGAGAAGGAGAGAGAGCUCUUGCUCGAGUUCGACAGUCUUGUGAAAUACUUCAACGUCUGGGCAUCCACUUCAAGUGCUCACGACAACGAACGUGCAGUUAAGCGUCUCCAUACGAGGCAGAGAUAUGUCAACUUGGCGGAGAAGAAUAUGGCUCAAAGGGAGGAGCACAUGACCGAAGUGCUUCGCGCUUUCCAAAGCGCUCUCGCCCUCUUGAGCCGGUCUUAG